AUGAACCCUCUGGAAUUGGUGAAGAGAUGGAGUUGGGACUAUACCAAGGAGUCUGAAGAGAAAGAAGAGGCCUUUGACCCAAAAGUGCAUCUCGACUACACACCACCUUCAAAGAAAAUCACGCUGGAAGACUUGCUUUUGACGAGAAGUCCAACUGCAUCCCCCAUUGCAGGAACAGUACCAUUUCCUCUGUUGUCCCCUGAAGGAGUGAGAGCCUACCGAAGGGCACUGUUCCGAAAGAAUGUUAUUGAUAAAUGUGCAAGCUCCCCGUUCCCAGGGACUUUGGUCCUUCGGGAUGUAGUCAAGCAGUCAAAGUUCGUCAAUGACUUUUGGACGCACCCCGAAACUAUGAGAAUAGUCUCGGACGCGGUCAAUGUACCUUUGGAAAUUGUGAUGCCCACGGAAAUAGGACACACCAAUAUUCAAGUCGAGGGGAACACCAUCACGGAAAUGGCCAGUAAUCUCCGGGUUGAACCAUCACUGGAGAAGCUUGAGUUGAGUGCUGAAGACCGAUCUUAUGAUCCGUUGAAAGAUGCUAGUGCUAUCAUUCCGUGGCAUUACGACUCUUAUCCUUACGUUUGCGUCAUGAUGUUGAGUGAUACAGAGGGCAUGAUUGGAGGAGAGACUUAUGUUGAAAAAGGCGACGGAGAAUCUCAAAAGGUUGAGGGUCCUCAAAUCGGCCAUGCGGUGAUGCUUCAGGGUGGUGAAGUUAAACACCUAGCAGCUCGCGCAAAGGGCGUGAAAGAACGCAUAUCUACCAUCACCUCAUACCGAUCGAAGAUCCCAAAUAUAUACGACUCCAGCUACAUGACGAAUGUUCGACCCUACGCUAACAUGAACAUCUACCCAGAAUGGACCAAUUUUCGUCUGCGAAAAUUGAGAGACGAGCUUACCCUCUACCUUGAAAAGACACAGACAGAACAAGACCAUACUCAAGGAACAGAGGAGGUGCAAGAUCUCAUAAACAAUCAGAUCCAAUAUCUGCAACGAACUUCCCGCCAGAUGGUCAACUCUGAAUACUCGCAACGACUCGUGAAAGUAUAUGGGAAGCCCGCAUACUACGAUGCGCCCAGAAUCUGGCAAACUGUUCAAACAUUACCGACAUUUACGGAACUCGCAUCUUUUACAGACGACAAGCGAGAGUGGGGCCCAGAUACUGGAUAUUGGAUAGACUUGCAGAAAUCAAUGGAGAUAAUUCGUCAGGGCAAGCCUCUUCAAAGCAUUCUUGGAACCGGUGUAUGGGACCAAACGAAGAGAUAUUAUAUGGGAGAUGAGCUUUUACGACAAGGUCUCAACGAGGUUUUCCUUGAUUGGCUGGGAUGUACGGGAUUGUGGGAUUUAUAUUGCAAGAUUUAG